AAUUUUUUGCAGACUCACCUUGUAUCUGAACCAGAGUUCGCGAAUUGUGCAUCAGCACCACUAGUAUUCUCUCUUUCUCGUCCAGACUUGUCCAAACUUGUUUCGCACAGAGUGAGAGACCAAUUCACUCCACAUUUUGCGAAACGUCACAUAUUUACUGGCUCUUGUAACCGAGUUGGUUUCAUUCAUAUAAAAGUGCAUCGACUCCACCAAUGCAGGCACACUUGUUUUUUGGAAGCAGGAAGGGAAAGAUUCUCCAUGAAAUAGUAAAACAACAUUGGUUUUCUAACGCAGCUAUAUCACCCGGAAAUAAAUAUGUGGACGAUUAAAGAUCCAAACUUAUCCACAAGCAUGGAGAAAGUUUACCCGGUGGAUAAAAUUCUUGAAAAUAUUGACGAUAAAGUUCUCACCGAAGAUAACCCACCCACACCAAUUCAUCCCCAUGACACACAAGUCAUCAGCCCAGCCGACCCACCAACCAGCACUGAAGAUAACCCACAAGUCGCCGAAAUGGACAUAAGUCCUCCCACCUCGCCUGCCUCAGAGCACGAUAAAAUCCCAGUAUUCGACCCACCCACUCCACAAGCUAAGAGCCCCAUCACUCUUAAAAAACUUUUCCCCUCCUCAAAAUCCCCACUUGGCAAGAGAUAUCGCACCGUGAGCAAGAAGUGUACAGGAGUAGUGACAAGUUCUCACCUCCUGGGAAACAUUAUUCAGCUUUUGGAGUCCCAAUUUUCCUGCAGUAUCAGCUUCAAACGGUUGCGACGUCGUUCCCUCGUCUUGAUCCGUUCCGAUUUUCCGUCCCCAAUUUAUAAUGGGGUUAAGUUCGAGUAAAAUAUUGAAAAUAUCUCACAAAAAUAGAUCCGUAGCGUUUUUCCAUGAUUCCAAAGGCGGGUUCUAUCAGGGCUGCAUCGUCCAAGUAGUUGUACCUACCUUGCAAAAUAUCAAGAGCGAUAGGUUCAAUUUUUUCUUUUUGAAACUUUUUCCCCAGGAUUUCAAAAGUUUCGCGGUCUUCCAGAGAAAUUGAAGUCGAUUCCAAUUCAGCCGCAAUGAUGGCUCGCACAUCGGAACUUUGUCCAUGGCGACCUUUUCUUCCUAUGCCGGCGAUGGUUUUAUUAUCCGCGGCUAAAUCUCGGAGGGUUUGAAUGCUCUGAGUUAAUCCUGGACUGCUUAAUGUGUUUGUCAGGUUGGACCGAUAGAUGGCGCUGACAACGAGACAAUAUAGUAACCAGAUGGCGUAGAUAAAUCGAAUUUGGCGUCUGGGCUCGGCAGAUUGUUCGAGAAAUGGUCGUACCAUUAAGACAAAUAUGGAGAGGACUGGGGUAGAUUGAGAUUGAUGUCGGCCAUUAUAUAUUUUAGAGGAUAGACGGUACUGCAGAAUGAUACAGGUGCCUAUAAUGCAACCAAGAAGGACUGAUGCGACAAGGAUGCUCCAACCAACCGGUGAAACUAGAGAUGCAAAAUAUCCUGCGAAAAACUCUUGCUGUACUGUAACAAAUUUUAUACGAAAUUGUUCCCUCGAGUGGAUCAGUUCGGCUAUUCCGGAUUUUUCAAGUUGUUGGGUGUACGAGGAUAUCCCGAACUCGAUAUGUCGCUGAGAUUUGUCAAGUGGGAAACGUCUAAUACAACAAGCAUCAGCAGAUAAGUUGAGGUGUUCCAGUAUAAUUUUUACCACCAUUUGGUGCCGAUUCUUAACCAGUCUCGAUCUCACGUAAUUGUUACUGGAUACUUUGUAGUAGUCGCGUAGAACUCCUUGUGACGACCGGAAGUAAGCGUCUAACUUGUAGAAGAAUGGAAUUCUACGAUAUGAAGUGAAGAUUUCGUGUCCAAAAAGAAAACAUGUUUCUUCUUUGGUUUGUUUGAUAACAAGAUGAUCGUUUUUAUCAGGGACGAGUUCCACUAAGCGGAAUGGUAAACCUAGUGCCAGAUUCGACUUGAGGUUUGAAGAUGUGAAGCCAAUAAAGAUAUACAAAGUUGGGGAAGAUAUUCUCAAACUUAAUAUAAUUUUUGGAAAUUUUUGGAAUUUCAAUGAUAUUUCGUUCAAUAUUACGAUGGGACACGUGUCGUGAGGAAAAUGGUUUCCGGAUGAAAAUAAAUUCAGAUCAGGUUUAUGUGUAUUUGUUGUGUAUACUUUGAAAUCUGGAUAUAAAUCAGUUAUGCAUAGUGUACUUUGUGGUAAAAUGGUGGUAAAAAGUAUGGAUAAACAUAAAGUAAGAUAUUUUGCAGUCAUUUUUCCUUCCCCAAACUGAGGCUCAAAUAAACUUUUUUGCAGGUGAAUACAUAGUCCGUCUAAACAUGCCUACGUGCCUAAAUGUCUUUGUACAAACAUAUGCGCAUAUACAAAUUGUCAAGUUCCCGAGUUUUUUGGGUGAAAUUAUUCUUUAAUGAGUCCUCAUUGGGCAAUUUGGCGGUGCUAAUUAAGGUAAAGUUCAAAUUUAAAUGGUACUAAGGUAAUACUUAUGUCGGUUCUUGUAACUCUAAGCUUCCGAUUGAUAUGAUAUUAACACAUGAAGUUGGACAAGUCUGAUUACGGAAGUACUUACAUACCUAUGUGCAAAUAUUUGAGAACUCUAUACUUUUAUUAUGUACAUAUGUAUGUACGACUCAACUGCACUGGUCCUCUCGGACACAAUACAAACGUAAUAUAAGCUUAAAUAUAUUUUAGCAAGGAAACACGUUAUUAUAAUAACGUGUCUCCUUGCAGGUACAUGUGUACUUUCUUCAAAUUUAAAAUGGAAAACUGGUUUUCGCCUCAAUAAUUAAACCAACUAUUUAAUUGGAGUCGACAAAGAAUUUAAAGAAAAUAAUGCAAUGUGAUAUUGUGUAAUUUAGUAUCAUACAUAAGUUUGACGAUCUACUUGUGAAAAAAUUGUUUAAAAAUUUUCGGUGUUAAAUCAUCAUAUUAUUCUAUAUGAUCAGCUAAAUUGUACUUCGGUACUUCGUAAAAUUUGGUCAUCUAAAAUGGAUCUUAGUUUUUCUCGACUCAAGUUUCGUAGUUACAAACAAAAGAUGCAAUUACUUGCAAAAGUAGUAUGUAAUAUAUUCAUGUACAUAAAUACCAUAAAAACCCUACAGUCAUAUUGGUAUACACUUCGUGUUGAUUUGGUAAUUUUAAUUUCUGGCAGGGUUGGUAAUGCUUUAUCUGUAUUGUAAAUUUCUCAUUAAGUUUUAAAACAGUACUUUAUACUACGAUCAGUAAUAAAUGGGAUAUGAGCUUUCAUAAA